UUCCCCUCCCUGGGGCCCGCGUGGGGGGCUGGGCUGGCUGGCGAACCUUCCAGAAGCAGUGCCGGCCUGGGAGGGGGCGGCGCCAGGGGAGCGCAGGUGCGGUGCGCAGACCACGAGGACUCUCGAUCGGACACCAACCCGGACAGACAGCCCGGGACUGACCGACCGACCCUCACCGACCGAGACGAGCUGACCGCAGACAGCCCAGCAUGGAGCCGGUGACCCUGCUGGCCUUCGUCCUGGCGGUGAGCCUGCCCCUGGGCCAGUCAGUGCUGUGCCACGUUUGUGAGUUAGAGAACGACUUCGGGUGCCUGAACCAACGCAACUGUACGGUUGGGGAGAGCAACUGCAUUAUUGUCGCCAUGAAGAUUUUCCCGCGUUUCUACAUCGUUUCCAAGCAGUGUGUCUCUGCUUGUCCCACGAUGGAGGUUGCCCUCAUCAUGACAACACCUACGCCAACCUGGUCGCUUUACAGAGCUGGGGCCAAGGUCUACACAUUACAGGAACCUACGCCCUUCAUCUUUAUACGGUGCUGCAACGAAGACCUUUGCAACGAGGAGGGUCCCAGCCCCAGCAUGGUUUCCACCUACCGAGAGCAGACCGGGAGGGCCAGCGAGGAGAGACAUCACCCCCUCCUGCCACCCACCCUCUGGGUGCUCACUGUGGCCACUGCCCAUGCCCACUGGGUUUGAUGGGAACCACAGAAGGGCCGGUGCUGGGCCUGGCCCACGAACUCCCUGACAACUGUUGGAACCUGCUGAUUAAAUUUGUUUUUCAUUGAUACCUCCAGGUCUGACUCUCCGGGGUCUGGGGGACAGGGAGGGGCUGAGUCUAGUGGCUGUCAGUCCCAGAACUUCUCAGCUUGAUCUGAGCAAGCCCUGUGCCUGGCACCACCUCUGAGAUUGGGCCUGGCAACACUUCAUUGGGAACCCCCUCCCCGGGUUGAUGGGGAGGAAGCACUUCGCCACCCAUGAAGGUGUGCUGGGUACUCCUGACCUUCUGGGACCUGGAGUCAGGGAGGGCUGAGCAGCGAGCAUGUCUCAGCUGCAGUAACAGAAUGCCUUAGGCUGGACAGAUACAAAUAUGAGUGCUCACAGACCCGGGGUGUGAGAAGUCUGAGAUGAGGGAACCGCCAUGUCCGCGCCUGGUGAGGAGUCUGAGAUCAGAGAAUCACCAAGUCAGCGCCUGGUGAGGGCCAGGCCCAGGAGCGGCCCUCCUGCAGGCCAGCAUGCAGCCGAGGCCCAGGGGCCCGGCUGCUCCCUCCAGCUUCCUUAACACAGCUGACACCUCCCAAAGAUAAAUGGAAAGCAACUGAA